UUUAAAUAAAAUUUAAUACAAAAUAAGAAGAUACUCGUAUUUAAGGUAUAUGUAUAUAUAGUGAUACGGUAAAAUGCCAAAUUAUCGUAAUAAAAAUAAGAAUCGGAAGAGCAAAAAUCGCAACAAGCAUAACAACCAAAAUCAAAAUAAACAACAACAAGAACAACAACAACAACAACAACAGCAACAGCAACAACAAUGUGAAGAUAAAAACCAGCAACAACAUCAAAAACAAUUAGAUGGGCUGAAUGUACAAGAUGGGGCAAUACAUGGGGAGUUACAUGAAAAUUUACAAAUUUCUGGCAACAUUUCAAAGCCGGCCGCCGACGAAUGCAUUUCAGUAGGUAAUAAUACGGAGGCAUCAACUAGUACGGCAGCAACUCACAACGAGAGCAAAACUAGCAACGAUGCAAUUCGGCAUUCCCCAAUUGUAGAGCAAAAUAACCAUACCGCCGCCACCAAUAAGCAUCCAAACGCCGGCACUACAGCUACGCGCACAUCACAUGCAACAAUUGUUUCCAACAAUGACACAAUUCCUCAGGAAGAGCCAUUUACGCAGCACAGUGAUUUGUUAAGCUCUGAAGAUUUGAUAACGAAAAUAAAUUCUACAACUACUGACGGCACAACAGCAAUAAAUAUGGGCGUAAAUAAUACGAAAAUGUUGCAUACAAAUGAAAUUGAUACCGCAACAAUAAAUAACAGUAGCGACACAAAUAAUGAGCCAUCAAAAAGUCCAACAACAAAAGUGCAACAAGCCAAAGUCAUAAUUCAUCGCAUUGUGCAGGAACCAAACCUUGACGUUAAUGUUAACGUUACAGACUCAACGCAACAAACCCAACCCAAAGUUAGUAAUCAGCAAAAAGCAAAAGUAAUUAUACAUCGUAUAAGGUUGGAGGAGGACGCAGAUGCAAACGCGGACGCGGACGAGAACGUUACACACAAGCAGGAAGUUCAACAGUACAAAGUCGAAUCACCCAAAACAAUUGAAAAUGUUGCAAAUGAAAAAUUUUCAACGGAAAUAAAUAAAGACUUACAAAUACUGGAACUCAGUGAUACGGGUUCAAUAAGUGAUACAAAUGACAGUCAGCUAUUGUCACCGCUCAUCAGUGAGGUCGAAUCUGAGACAGAGGCUACCACAAACGCCAACGAAAGUAAUACACAAAUUUUAACAAUACAAACUUUACCAUUAUCGAGCGUAAUUUCUGCAGAGGAAAUCGAUACAGAUAAAUCGGUAAGUAGUUCUCCAACACAGGACGAUGCAAAACAGAGGCGUGCACAGAAACGUGCAGCUUUAGAUAAUCACUUCUUGCCUCAAUUGCUUAGUCCACGCUAUCUGGAUAGCAUACUUGAGGAGAAUAGUGAUAUGAGUGAUGCACGCAGCGAUUGCUCGGACAAACCAAUGUCAAUGCAUGCAUCACUCACAGAUGAACAAGCACACGAUGUUAUCAAAACGAAAAAAGCUAAUGCUGUGUUUCCUAAAAGUAAUCUGGAUUUUUCACGAAAACAUAAGCAUGGCACGUUGCCAAAAAUACAGCUAUCGCCUGGCGCCAUACGCGAAGAACCGAUAGCCAUAGUAGUAGAAACAAAAUUAAUCGAUCAAACGCCAACAGCUGAGGAGUGCUGUGCACGUUUAUCGAGCACCCUUGCACCCGCUUCUGAAGCAGCAGAGGUUGUUUACAUAAAUUCAGCUUCUAGCAGUAUGUCCGAUUUAAUGGAUUUAGAUGUGGAAGAUGGCACACUUCAGCCAUCACUUUCAAAUAUUGAUUUAGAUACAGAUGCCAAAGAAAUUAUUAACAAACCAUUAGAAUUAACAAAUGAUACUGCUGAGAAGUUUGUAGAGGAGGUUGAUUUAGCUGAGGAUGCUGAGACAACAGAGACAAUGGAGACCACAGAUAGCCGCGAAAGCACACCUGUUAAUCAAUCAACAGAAAUAUCAAGUGAAUUGGCAACAAGCGAAAACAGCAGUAAAAGUAGCAGCAAUAAUUUGUCCAUAACAAAUCAGACAAUAAUCAGCAAAGCACUCAAUUAUGAUAAUGAGGAGGAACAAUACAAAUUAAUAGAUGAGCUCGUGCGCUCUGCUAAUGCUGUGCUCUCUUCCGGUAGCGUAGAGACAAUGCACACAAUUAGUGACUCUGAGAGAUCAGAAGAUGUGCAAAGCUUUGACACGAAUAUUAACAGUUCAGAUACAGAAAGUCUACCGUCGUCCGCGAAUAGUGAUAGUUUCCGUUUACGUGCGGAUCGUACAAGUAGUAGCGCGUUUGUAGCAAUAUCAUCACCGUUGUCGCCGUCGCUGUCGUCGUCUUUAUCGCCUUCGUCGUCGUCGUUGUACUCAUUACCGUCGCAUGAUUUGCAUUUGAAAAAUAGUGAAAUGAAUAACGUGCGUGAUAUCAUUAGUAAUCAAAAGCAAAACGAAGAAGAACUUAAAUAUUUGCAAAAUAAGCAUGAAACAAUAAACAAUUUCGGUUCGUCGGGUUCAGCAGUUCUAACAAGCGCGAGUUCAAACGAUACACCAUACCGUAAUCAAGUGUCACAUAUAUUUUUAGAAAAUCAAAAAAGUGAAAAAAUUUCUCAUGACGAAUUACCCCCACCAAUUCCACCUCCACCCAGUGAUUUGCACAAUUAUGAAAAUGCAACUACAAUGCAUGAUAGCUUAAAAAAUACAACAAUAAUUCAACACCACAUAACUACUCCAACAAAAACUCCACACGAAUUACCACACACACCAGCAAAUACUAAGCUAAGCUUAACCUCACUCAGCAGACAAGCAUCAGCUGAUUCGCAUUACUCAGACAGCACUAAUAAUAGUCAAUGUACAGCUAUUAAUGUGGGCCUAACAACACCACAAAGUGAUUACGAUUUACCUUCUAGCCCAUUUUCAGAUAUCGCUUCCGAAGGUACAAUCUGCACUGACUUUAAAGGUGACAGUAAUGAAAAUCCCAUUAAAAAAUUACGCUUUCUAUGCGCCGAAACGCUUGCAUCUAUGCCCUAUGGAGAAGAAGUGUUAGAAGAGCUAGCUAGUGUUGCACAAAAUAUCGGUGAGGUAAGCGUUGCAAAUAAAACAAACAAAAUGCCAUAUCCACUCCCCGAUUUACCGCACAUUAACGACUUACAACUAUCGAUAAACAAAAAUGAUAAUCCCACUACAAGAAUAGUAACAAUAAAACAGUUGCCAACCCAACAAAAUGAUGGAAUGUGUAUCCCUACAUCAUCAUCAGUACCGAUGGCGACAACAGAAGCAAAUAAUGCGUGGCUCGGUCUACCUACAGAUAAAAAUCCAAAUCUAUUGGUUUGCCUAUCGCCUUCACAACGCUCCUACAUAAGUGAACAGCAAACGAAAACGAUUGAAACUCAGAAACCAGAUGAUUUGUUAGAUGCGCAUCAGAAGUUUAUUGAUAGACGUGGCUAUCAUGAAUAUAGCGCAGAACAAGUCCAAACAAUGAACAAUGAAAAACUUAAUGAGCAGCAGAUUUUGGAAACAGCGGCUGUUAUGAAGAAAUUACGUAAAAGCUUAACACCAACACCACCACCCGUUCCACCACCGCCCGUACCAAUCAAAAGUUCAGAUACAGCAGCAAAAGCUCAAAGUCAAAAGAAAAUCACUAACGAAUACACGUUCGGACAGGGGCAUGACGCAAGCCUACUAAGUUCGCAUAGAGAUGCUAACCAGCACACUACAAAAACUAUAACAACAACAGAAACAGAAACAAAAACAAAAACAGCAUCGGUACUAGCAAAUCCACCUUUCACAAGCAAUAAUGGAAACAAAAAUAUGAAUGACGAUGAAGAAGAGAACAAACAUCGCUUGUUGGCUAUUAUUCAUGAUUCUAAUGAUUUGAAACAAAGCGCUACUAAACCAAAGACAUCAUCAUUUGAAAAUAACUCAAGGCAACCGGCUAAGAGCGCAGAACACAAACAGGGUGAACCACUUCAACAAAUAAAGCAAGCACACACUGAGCGACAGUCGCACACACAAACCUAUAACACCUCCACGGGUGCAGUCACUGAACAGAAGGAGCACAUUGUGAAAUCAACCGCAACGACGUCCGCAGAUAUGUUUCCAGCAACAAAAAUUUCAGCAACGCCAUUUCCAACAAGUAAUAACACCACAUCAUCAGCAGGUAUGGAAAGUGAUUUUAAGAGUAUGUUCCCUAGUAUGGGCCAAAGCAGCUUUUUUGAUGCGGAACAAAAACGUUUCUCCAACAUUGAGACUUCAAACAGAAGUCCUUUCUGUUCCCAGCUACUUAGCACACAACCAAAGAGAUUUUCCAAUAUCGAAACAUCAACAUUUGAGUCCAAAAAAUGCAUUGAAAAUGGUAAAGUUGUCUAUGAUUACACAAACUCUAAUCGUGAGUCUCACACAGAUGGUGGACCAAAUGCAAAAUUACAUGACAUAAUACAGGAUGCACCGCCACGUUUAGGCGCUAGUGAAGAUAUUAGAAAUAUUGGUAUAAAAGACAACAGAAAUGACGAACACAAAAACAAAACUGCAGAUACUCAUAAUAUCGAAAUUAUGUCAGAAUUAAAUUUAAAUACCAAAAACUCUACAGAUACAACAACAACUGCGAAACCAGCACAUAUACUUAACUCAUCAACCACACAAUCAACAAGCGGUGAGCAAGAGCGUAGAGAAAUUCUUAAAAAUAGACAACAAAACGAAAGCAACUACAACACUAGCGAUAACAACAACAGCAGCAGUAGUACUUAUGAUGUAUUUCGGCAACAUGCCAAAGCAGCUGCUGAAACAACAACACACCCAAUUGCACCAUUUACCGCACCAGCAACCUUAAAUGGGGGUCAUGAAAAGUUAUUCGAUCAUGAAAAGCUAUUCAAGGACUUUGAUGAUCUAUCAAAACAAUUGCACAUGGAACUUGAAACAGGCAAAUCGGAAAAAGUGCAACGGGAAAAGUCCGCUUCUCUUUAUGAUCUCAACCGCAUGCAAAUGCAUGCACCUUAUGGCCGUGAAUUGGAGAGCUGGAAGAAACAACGGCACGAGCACAUGAAAGAACUCGAACGUGAAAUAGAGAAGUCGAUGAAGUCACGUCAAUUUCGAAGCUUCGUACAACAACCACACCAACAACAACAGCAACAACAACAGCAGCAAACACGCACUUAUGAUAUACCCAUUCAUUUGGAAGAACGCAAUAACUCUUUCUCUAACAAUCGCAUGUACGAAGCAUCAACUCCAGCUGAAACGCCCAGUACAAUUUCAACACCACGUACACCAUACAGUGGCGACCAACGUGUUUACGAUAUACCUAUACAAUUGGAACCAGCUAUUACACCAGACCAACACAGUUAUGACUAUGUAGACAACGCACGCUUUCGCAGAGCUGAGUCCAUGUUUAACUUAACGGACAACAUACAGCCUCCACACCGUCAGCGCGCAGAUAGCAUGAACUAUAAUCAUGACGACUGGUCACGUUAUGCUAGUGAUCUAGGUUCCUCCGAAAAUAUAGCACGUCCAUUUGCGCGGGAAGUCGAAAUUUGCUACCAACGCUCUAAGCCACGCACCAUACGUGCACCACGCCUAUCUGUCUCUACAAAUGACUUAUCUAGUAAUACACAGAGCUAUGAUAGUUACAAUGCAUAUAAUGUACGGCGCACACAUGCUCCAAUGUUGAAUCAAGUACCACAAAAAUCUCGGCCACAAUACUUAAGUUGCCAUUCUAUGAUAGAACGUAAUCCAAAUCCUACGUAUAUUAGCACGACAUCAAGACGUGGUGUUUCACCCGCACCACCUACAACACCACCAACACGUGCUGAGCAACAUUACCAUGUGCCGGAGGCAGAAAUGCGUCAACGACGUGCUUCAUUACCACGUGAAAUACAAGAACAACAACUUAAAUACAUACUAACCAAAGAGGACGAACUAAAAACUGAGUUUGACCGGUUGCAGUCUGAACGGCGACGUUUGAUGGAUGAAAUGAAUCGAGUGCCACAGAUACCACAACGACCACAACGUGAUUAUUAUCGCCCAGCGCCAAAACUACCUACACUCUCUGAAGAUGAGGUAUUUCGACAACAAAUGGCUGAGGAAUGGUUAAAUAAGGUAGCAGAGCGUGAAGAACGUCGUUUGCAAAAAAUUAUAAAAAUUUCGAAAUUAAAUGAGGAGUCCAGUGGUCAUCAAAUACCUAUACAGUUAAGCAAUACCAAACCUGAUAUAAGUCAAGAAUUUCUCAGUCGUGUCAAGGAACGUCGCUCUAAGUUAGCAAUGCCUGCUGACAGUGACUGGGAAAGUGGUGCUGAAUCGCAACCAGUAGGAGUUGGUAAUGUCAGUGAAACUGAAGAGCUGCCAACAGUUAAGAUUUCAGAUGGUAAAAUUGAAGCUGAUCUAAAUCACUUACCAAGACAUUUGCUUGAGUUCGCCAAAUUUUCUAAUCAUCAAAAAGAACAAAUCGAUGGAGGUGAACGUGAGAUACACCAAGAGGAAGAACAUCGUAAAGAAGGCAACAAUAACGCAAUGAGCAGCGCUACAAAGAAGUCCUCAGUUGUUAAAACAAUUAAAAUAUCACGACAACCCGGAACUACAGGUGUUAUUGGUGGUAGCAGAGGUAGCGGUGCUGCAGUUAGAAAUAUACCAAUUGCUCAGGAAUAUUUUGAUGAGAGGGACCUCUUGUCACCAACACCUAUAUCAGUACCAAUAACAUCACCUACAACAACAGUAACUACAGCAACAGCUAUACCAAAUCUGUUGAGUGCAAUACCCAAAUCGCCAUUUUACACAAAGCUACCAGUAUCCUUUGGCGAAAUGUUUGCCACAUCGCCUUUUAGGAGUAGAAUUUAUGAAGAAUUCAAUAAUUAUUGGCGUAGCUUUGAUAAAAAUUAAACGAUCUAUUAAUUACAAUACAACUAUUACUAAAUAAUA